AUGAAUAAAUUUACUUUGCGCUUUCCAUCUGAAUUAGAAUCAAAAUAUGAAGAAGCCACAAAAGAGUCUUCAUUAUCACAUUUCAAAUCCUAUCAUCCAUUACUCAUUAUGAUCAAUAUUGGUGUUGCUAUUAUACAAUUACAAUAAGGAUAAGUAAUUAAUGGCAUAUUAGAAUCGGUAGCAACUAUAAUUUUUAUCAUUUAAUUUCCAAUGGUAUGUCGAAUGAAACAAAACAAGAAUAUUUGUAGCAUUUUUGUUCUCAAUAAUAUAAUAAUGACUGUUAUUUAAUUGUUUGUUGAUAAGAACACAAACAAUUACAAUAAUUUAUACGUCUCGGGAUGUGGAAUUACUAUGAUUAAUAUAACCUUAUUAGAACAUUAUGAUUUCAUUUGGAAUGCUAUUUCAUUAACAAUUGUAAUAACAAUCAGAUUGAUUUACAUCAUCUUUUAUUUUAAAUUUGAUGGAAUGGCUAUAAUUUAUAUAGCUGUUUCAUGUUAUCUAUACAUUUAAAUGUAUCGUAAAACUUAUGUGAGAAGAGCACUCUUUUUAUAAUAUGAGAAUGAAAAGGAAAUUAGUAAUUAUUAUUAUUAAAUCUUAAGGAAAGAUUUUAGACGAAAUAAUAGAAGAUGUCUAUAUACAUUUUAAAUUUGAUUAGGAAUCUUUUUAAUUCGAAUUAAAAUAUGCAAAUUAGAUGGCAGAAUAAAGAAUUGGAAUUUAAGGUAAUUAAGAUCUAAAGGAUUUCUUACAUAAUUUUUAAAUUUAUGAUUAAAAACAAUAACAAUAACAAUAAAAUCAACAUUAAUUUAGAAAUAUAAAUUUAUAACAUAGUUCAGGUCCAGAUUGUAUGAAUGUUGGUUAAUAUCUUUAUGAAAUGAUGAUUACUUUAUAGAAGAAUUCAGCAUAUUUAGAGAUGGUCUUAAAGGAUAAUUCAACAAAUUAACUAUAUAAUGUUAGAUGUUUUUAAUAUUGUGUGAUUAACAAAGAAAUCAUUAUGUUAAUGGAAUAGAAAUCUAGGAUUUUAGAAGAAGAUAAAUAAUUGAAAUAGAAGGAUCAAGAAAUUAAAAUGCUCACUAAAUAAUUAGUUAAAAUAAAUGUUAGAACUAAAAAGCAAUUAAAUUAAUUAUGUUCUAUAAUAGAAAAUUCUGAUCCUAAUCCUUACUUUAAGAUUAAUGAAAGUACAGUAAAUGCCUAAAUAAUCUCGAAUACUAAAAUAUAAAUGAUAUUGGAUGCUUUUCAAAUAUACUAUUAUAGAAAAGAACAAGUAUAACUUUUAGAGAUAUUCUCUCUAAAUUCUAUAAUUUAUAAAUGUUUAACUAUUAUGAAUAUAAUUGCAGAAGUAGAAGAUAAGUAAAUUACGUUCGAAUCAGAAUAAACUGAAUCAGAUGUUAUUACUUCCAUUUCUAUUAUUGUGUAUUUUAUUAUAUAAAAUCUCAUACACAUAUUUUUAGUUUAGCCAAGUCAUAAAAAUAUCAAAUUUACUAUUAAAAAUCUCGACUAAGAAAAAGUAAUUGUAUUCAGUUUCUACAUUGAAGGACUUCUAUCUUUAGAUUUCUUAAAAUAAAAUUCAUUUAUUAUGUCUAUGGUUUAUAGAGGAUUAUAGAUUAUUGGUCCUAAAGCUGAAAUAAUAACAAUAUCAGAUAUUAUUAAUAAUACAUAAAGUAAAUUAAUUAGAUCAUUUUUAGAUCCAUACUUAAUUUAAGUUAAAAUUUAUAAGAAUCUUAAAAAUAUUUUGAAAUAAUAAUAAUGA